AUGAAGCGCGCUCUUUUCACGAUGAGCCUGAGGGCAACCGUCCCUAGCAGAAGAAUCCAAGCCACUUCUCUUCGAGCUGUAUCAAACACGGCAAAAUCUCAACCUACAAACCAACCUCAAUCAACACAGACGGAGCCCACACCAAUGAUGACAGACGCAACCAAAACAGUCGCUCGUAAGAAGACGAGCGCAGAGUUGGACCAGGAACUGAGGGAGAAACUCGAGUCUCUGUCGGGAGAGGGUGGUGGCGCUGGGGUGGAGUAUGAGGGUGGAAAAGCGGAAGGACUCAAGAGAGGUGUCAAGUCGAAUAUGUUUAGAGUUAUAUAAAUCAUGGGUCCUUUAAGACACGGCUGUGGUCUCGAGAUCGCCUGUACCAAUGAACAUCCAGCUUGGCCUCAU